CUUUGGUCCCCACAGCUCUUCCUCCUCCUCCUCUUCCUCAUCCGAGGUCCUGGAAUGGCUCCAAUGGGAGCAAUGGGAAUUCGGCAGCGCCGGGCCACCCCUUGGCUCCCGGACGCCCCCGUCUCCCCCCUCCAAUGGGUGCCCUUCCAAGGCCACCUCCCCAUGGACACCGUCUCCAACUGGAACCCCCAUUCCCAACGCCUGGAAUUCAUCUGCUCCGUCCCCGGCUGCCACAGCGGCGCCUACGUCCCCUCCCGAGGCCCCUUUUGCUUCUACCCCUUUGGCGACCGCGAGCUCCGUUCCCCAUCCUUCAACCUCUUGGUCAACAUCGGGGACCUGGAGCCCCUCCAAUGGGCGAACGCCUCUUUUGGGGCCGUUCCGGAUGGCGCCGUCGAGACGUGUCCCCACGACGACGUCUUCGUGGCCAGGACCUCCUAUGGCUUGGGGAAGGUGGUGAAGGAGCAGAGGGCGGCCUUUGUGGUGGUCGAUGGGGAGGAGCUGUGGUUCAAGUGGUACCAAGUGUUGGUGGCCAAGCGGGGCCCGUCCAACGUCACCAUCACCCAUGUGGUUUAUGACACGAGCCGGGCGGUGAUGGGCGUCCAGGACGUCACCUUGGCCACCACCACGGUGCAGAACCGCGGUUGCACCCCUCGCUCCGGCCCCAUCCCUAUGGAGACGGCGUCGGAAGUGGAGCACGAUUGGGUCUUGACCCCCAACUUCUUCACCGACACCCCCGGGGUCCUCGAGGCGGCCCCGUUGCUCUUCAAUGGGAGCGGGUGGGAUGUGGGUGCUGUGGGCGCCGUGCCCUGGGUGGGAGGAGGGAGCACCGUGGAGUACGUGCCCCAUAGGGAGGUGAUGGAGAGGGAGGUGGCCGUGGGGAGCGCCUGCGCCGUCGCCUUGGUUGGGGGGCGCGUGGAUGCCAGGGUGCCCUUCACCGCCCGCCUGACGCGAGGCUACGGGGAUGGGCACCGGCACCGGGGGGCUGUGUCCGGGUGGGUGAGGGUGAGGAGGGUGCUGGGAGUCAGGGGUAGGUUCGGGCCUUGUUGGUCUGUGGAAGGGGGGGACCCGUGUCGGGUGUGA